GAUUCCUUCGGGUCGAUGAUGCAUUUUCAACAUGGCGACGUGCAUGUCGGGAAUAUAACAGUGAGGGUGAAAUAUUUCGUCCUUUUUUUUUUCUAUUACCGAAAACUAAAGGCACCACUUAAGAAACGUCGGAUACUUUGAUUUAACUUAGCUUACAUGCAGUGCUUCCUACAGAUGAAUAAAAAAUGGCAUUUCUUGGAAGCCUAAAACCAGUGCUGUUGUCUGUUUUGAAUGCGUCGCACUCUGUACCUUUCUGGUCUGGACCGGUGUUCAGCAGGACCAUGGCCACUCUCAAUCAGAUGCACCGUAAGGGCAGACCUCCUCCGCCUCGUCCAAAGAUCAGUGCCACUUAUGGGCAUCCACAGCUCAAAGCAGUAGUGCUGAAGACCAUGAUCAGGAAACCCAAGAAGCCCAACUCUGCCAACCGCAAGUGUGCACGAGUCCGUCUGUCCAAUGGUCAAGAAGCUGUGGCGUACAUCCCUGGGGAAGGGCAUAACCUCCAGGAGCACAAUGUGGUGCUGAUACAAGGAGGGAGAACACAGGACUUACCAGGGGUCAAAAUCACUGUGGUCAGGGGCAAAUAUGACUGCGCACAUGUCGUCAAGAAGAAACAGUAAUUACUUGAACUGCGUUUAACUGCAUAAAUCUUCAUGGCUGUAAUAAUUUGGAUGUAAACAAAUAAACGUGUUCUAAAAUGUAAA